AUGGAGACCCAAAAGGAAACAACACCGUGCGGUAGGGUCCGCAAUCCCGUAGAAUUGGUACCCAGUGUAGGACCCCCCUACCCGCCCCUGGGACGGCACGCGUUGGAUCCGAAAUUCGAACCCGUGGUACGCGGUUCCAACACGCACCACCCGUCGGGCGGAACAAGCAAGCGAGCACGCCACGCCCUGCUUUGGUUUGAAUCCAAGACACCGUCGACAGGCACCAACCGUAUGGGAUUUCGUUCCCGAUCGUUUGGAGGAGGCAAGGGUCUUUGGAUCCGUCCACGCCGGCACCGCAUUGGUCCACCACCGCCCCACGACACCCAAACCUCCAAACCUCAUCCCACCGUGGGCUGGGAUGACUUUCGUGGUCGUCCCGUCUACCCUUCCUCCACUACAGUGUCGUCGUCGUCAUCGUCAGUAGUGACCGAUACUACCCGUCGAGACAGUUCCGAUCCCGUACGGUUGCCCGUCACGACGAGCCGACGACGACGUUCCCGGUCCGCCUACGGCAAUCGCUCGACUUGUGGUGGUGGUGGGGGACACGAAGAUACGUCGCCUCCACCGAAACGUGUCCGUCGUGACUCGCAGUCGACGUCGACUCUCGGCACUAGUCCAGUGGAAACCACCAACACCCAACGAGCACCCCACACCACUGCGGCCGUCGGUGCGCGGCCUCUUGCCGACGUUGCAAAGGUGAGGGGUAGGUUGAUUGCUACUACAAAAACUACGACUGCUACUACAAAAACUGCUACGGGCGGCUUACCAAACACCCCCGGACCGCGUGCAACCGUCCAACAGACGUCGUCCACGACGUUGUUGGAACACGCCGCCCAACACUUUCGUACACUCGACGCCUCCCGUCUUUUACUGCGGAACGCCGCGUGGCAGACUCCGCCGCGUGGAGUCAUUCAACGAACGCGUCGUCGUCUCGACGGGAACGAUCCCGUGUUACAACGAGAGUACCAACACUACGUGCAGACUUGUGCCGAUUGCUGGACGCCUUUGUCGUUGCCUCUGUUUCUCCAACACCGCCACGACUUUAUGCGACCCCGAUCGGCACUCUUUCACGCCUUUCUGGACGAGUACUAA